AUGAAAACAGUUGAUGUUUAAUCUGCGAGCCUGUAAUCAAUUAGACUUUUUUGUUGUGUUACAAUUUAAGGACAACAAUUGAACAAUUUAAAUUAAAUUACGGAUUAUGGCAGAUAUUAAAACCGAUUCUUUCGCCAAAGUUGUCCGAAAGAAAGCUGGCAGAGCCAAGGAACGGUUCCUUCAAAACUUAGGUAAAGCUGACAGGACAACCGAUGACCUCUUCGAAGCCUCUCAAAACAACUUUGGCCGGCAACAAAAUUCAGCGACAAGGCUUCAAAAAGAGGUUAAAAACUACGUAACAUGCAUCAGAGCCUUACAAGCCGCAAACAAAGGUCUCAUGGAUUGUUUGACAGAAAUAUAUGAACCCGAAUGGCCUGAUCAAGAGCAAAUACCCGUCAAAGCUGCAACUAUGGAUUUACUUUGGGAAGAUCUAUGCCACAAGUUAAAUGAUCAAGUCACUAUACCUUUGAGCACAUAUUUGAGUCAAUUUUCAGAGAUUAGGGCUAAAAUUGAUAAACGGGGACGAAAACUGGUUGAUUAUGAUUGUACUCGACACACAAUGGAAUCAUUGGGUCGUGGAGCUGGUAAAAAGGAUGAUAUUAAGAUUGCAAAGGCUAGGGAACAAAUGGAAGAAGCUAAAAGAUUGUAUGAAGUGUUGAAUCGGGAACUUCACGAUGAAUUACCCGCCCUUUACGAUAGUCGGAUUCCCUUUCUCAUAUCAACCCUGCAAACACUUUUCGAAGCGGAGACCACUUUUCACUCUGAGUAUUCCAAGACUCAUGCUCAACUCAGAGAGAUAAUCGACUGUUUCGCCAUGGAAGCCCAGAAAGGUUCAUAUCACACUAGUGCCCGACAUGUUAGUUUUCCUCCUUCUUCACCGGGUAACACAAUAACCGGACACAAUAAACCGGAAACCAAUAUGACGAGGCCUUAUGAAGAAAUUGAAUAUAAAAAUAAGAGCUUAGAAAGGCAAAAAUCUAAUGUGUCGGUGACCAAAAGUGUAGUUUCAACCAACAACCAGUCAAAUGGUGAUUCAACUCAUCAUCCUACCGGUGAUGGAUUAACACAAGAAAAGAGUGAAGUUAUAUCAGAUGGUUUGAAUUCGCAAUUAAAAGUGCGUGCCACUUACAAAUACGUCGCUGAAGAUUCAGAUGAAUUAUCGUUUGAAGCAGGGGAGAUAAUCCGAGUUAUCGAGUAUGAAGAUCCAGAGGAACAAGAAGAUGGCUGGUUAGUUGGAAUUAAAGAAUCAACUGGAGAAAAGGGAUUAUUCCCAGCCAAUUUUACCAAACCCAUUUAAUUAACAUCAUAAUUAUUAUAUUACAAGGAUAUUAUAUUAUAUUAAUUAUCACAACAAUCAGUGUGUGAGAAUCAACAAACAACAACAAACACCAUCAACUCCAAUACCUUAACUAAAACAUCAAACUUGAAUACAAACAAAAAAAAUGAACAAUCCUCAUUUGUGUUGAUAGUGAUGAUCAAGUUUAAAGCAUCAUCUUACUAAUUGUUGAUUAUUGAAAACAAUCAACGUUUCAAUAAAUCAACAAUCAACUUUAAACAAUAAAAGUUUCUUUUAUUCCUGUUA